GGGUGGUGACCCUGGCACUAACUUUGUUUCAGGAACUGGGCGAGGCCACUGGACGCCGACGGCCCGGGCAGAGUUAGGGGCGUGCACGGUUUCUCCUCCGAGAAGAGCACGGUCCAUGGAGCAGAGCUAAGGGAAGGCACUGGGAGAGGCGCGGUGUGGGAAGAGAAACGCCACCCAGCCCGGAGCAGGCGUCCGGGGUCCGGCGGGGCAGGAGGCGGGGGCGGCGGAGCUACGGGCUCCCUCCGGCCGCCAAGAUGAAUGGCCUGUCCUUCGAUGAGACGGCCUUGGAUCCCUCCUUGGGCCUGGGCGAGUCCAGUGACAUCGACUCGGCUCUGCUCAGCGACAUCGAAGAUAUGCUUCAGCUGAUCAACAACCAGGACAGUGACUUCCCUAGUCUCUUUGACUCUAGCUAUGGUGGGGCUGUACCCACAUUCCAGGAUGUUGGCUCUUCUGGGGGCCUGUCCCCACCCCCCAGCUCUCUCAGCUCCACCCUCGACAGCUUCUUGGGGAGCACCAAGGUGCCCACCCACGUAAAGAUGUACCAGUCACCACCUCCUCCCCCUCCUGCAAUGACCAGCUUCCAGCCCCCGCAGCUGAUAGCAGGACCUGACCUGAGCCAGGCCUCACCAGGCAUCAAGGAGGAGCCCAUGCAGCUUUCCAUCCUGCAGCCUUCUCCCCCUCAGCUCCUUUCCCAGCCUGUGCUGCCAGCCCCACUGGUACCACCACCACCUCCCCCAUCCCAAGCCCAGCUGCAGUCUCAGCUGCCGUCUCAGCCCCAGCCCCAGCCCCAGCCCCAGCCCCAGCCCCAGCCCCAGCCUCAGUCUCUGCCUCAGUCUCAACUGCAGCCACAGCAGGCACCACAGCUGCCUCAACCACAACCACAACCACAGCCACAGCCACAGCCACAUCCACAGGAGUUACAGCCACCAGGGGUCAUGGUGCCCCAGAGUUUUGCUCCUCCUUCCCAGCCCCAGUUUACCUCUCCAUCUCUACUGGACUACCAAGGCCAGGGCAGUUUUCCAGCAGCUGUUCCUCCUGGUAAUGUCCAGCAGCCCCUGUCCAACCAGCCCCUGUCUCCUCAAGGGUCAUUGCCAGUGACCAUCCAAGCCCAGGUUCAGAAUAUCUGCCCACAGCAGUUGCUGACAGCACCUGCCCAAGUUGUCUCCUCCCAGAUCCAGCAGGUCCCAGUCCUGCUCCAGCCUCACUUCAUCAAGGCGGAUUCACUGGUCCUGACAGCUGUGAAGACUGAUGUGGGCACAGGAGUGAAGACCUCAGGGGUCAACACUUUGGCCACCACCACCGCAGUGCAAUCUGCCCCCCUGCAGGUCCCGACCCUGGUGAGUGGAGGCACCAUUUUAGCCACUGUGCCCUUGGUGGUAGAUGCCGACAAGCUGCCCAUCAAUCGUCUUGCUGCUACGGGCAAGACCCCCAGCUCCCAGAGCAAAGGGGAGAAGAGAACAGCUCACAAUGCUAUCGAGAAGCGUUAUCGAUCCUCUAUCAAUGACAAGAUUGUGGAACUCAAAGACCUGGUGGUGGGGACUGAGGCCAAGCUGAACAAAUCAGCCAUCCUGAGGAAGGCUAUUGACUAUAUUCGAUUCCUGCAGCAGACCAAUCAGAAGCUAAAGCAAGAGAACUUGACUCUCAGAAUGGCCAUGCAGAAGAACAAAGGAACUCACCAAUGGAAGAAGGGGGACCAUUGGGGCAGAAGGAUAUUUCUGGAGUCCCUGAAAGACCUGGUGUCCUCAUCAUGCAGUAGUGGGGGCAUGGACAUACCAAUGGAGAUCAUCAAGCCAGAGAUGGUGGAUGCGCUGACCCCGCCACCCUCCGAUGCUGGCUCCCCCUCCCACAGCAGCCCCCUGUCCUUGGGUAGUGGUGGCAGUGGCAACAGCAGUGACUCAGAGCCCGACAGCCCCAUCUUUGAAGACCCCAAGGUGAAACAGGAACAGCUCCCCUCCCCCAGCAGCCUGGGCAUGCUGGACCGAUCACGGUUGGCCCUGUGUGCCUUUGUCUUCCUCUGCCUUUCCUGCAACCCAUUGGCCUCCCUUCUGGGCAAGAACAGUGGCCAGAGCCAGGCUGACACCGCUGCCAUGUACCACAUGCCUGGACGCAGUGUACUAGGCACAGAAGGCAAAGGUAGUCCCAGCUGGUCUCAGUGGCUAUUGCCCACUUUGUUUUUCUGGAUGCUUAAUCUGUUGGUGGUCGUGGCGGCCUUCAUCCGCCUCUUCAUCUAUGGCGAGCCCAUCACCAGGCCCCACUCUGGACCCUCGGUCUUGUUUUGGAGACACCGCAAGCAGGCUGAUUUGGAUCUGGCCCGGGGGGACUUUGCGCAGGCCUCGCAGAACCUGUGGCUGGCCCUCCGCGCCCUUGGCCGGCCUCUGCCCACCUCCCAUUUGGACCUGGCCUGCAGUCUCCUCUGGAAUCUCAUCCGCCACUUCCUUCAGCGUCUCUGGGUAGGACGUUGGCUGGCCGGCCGGGCUGGGGGCCUCCUGCGUGAUCGGGAGCUGCAGGCAGAUGUCAGAGCUAGCUCCAGGGACGCAGCCCUCGUCUACCAUAAGUUACACCAGCUGCAUAUGACAGGGAAGUACACCAGCGGUCACUUCGCUGCCAUCAACCUGGCAUUGAAUGCCCUCAACUUGGCCGAGUGUGCGGGCAGUUCCAUCUCCGUGGCAACCUUAGCCGAGAUAUAUGUGGCUGUCGCACUCCGGGUCAAGACGAGUUUUCCUCGGGCCCUCCAUUUCCUGACGCGCUUCUUCCUGAGUAGUGCCCGCCAGGUGUGCCUCGCCCAGAGUGGCACCAUGCCCCCUGCCAUGCAGUGGCUUUGCCAUCCUGUGGGGCAUCGCUUCUUUGUGGACGGGGACUGGACAGUGAGGAGCACCCCCAGGGAGAGUCUCUACAGCUCCCCCGGGAACCCAGUGGAUCCCCUGACCCAGGUGACACAGCUGUUUCGGGAACAUCUGUUGGAGAAAGCCCUGGGCUGCGUGGCCAAGCCUGAACAGACCCUGGCUUCGGCCGAUGGGGACAGGGAGUUCUCUGAUGCCCUUGAGUACCUGCAGCUGCUGAAUGGCUGCUCUGAUGCUGCCGGAGCCCCUGCCCUCAACUUCUCUAUCAGUUCAAGCAUGGCCACUACCACUGGUACUGACCUCGUGGCCAAGUGGUGGGCGUCCCUCAUUACGGUGGUCAUUCACUGGCUCCAGCGGGAUGAUGAGGGGGCAGAGUCUCUCUACCCCAUGGUGGAGUACAUGCCCAAAGUCCUACAGGCUUCUGAGAAGCCCCUGCCUCGGGCAGCCCUGCAUUCCUUCAAGGCAGCGAGGACGCUUCUGGGGAAGCAGAAGCAGGAGCUCGGUCAGGCCAGCCUGAGCCAAUGCGAAAAGGCCAGCAGCUACCUCCGGGACAGCCUGACCACGGGACCCUCUGCAGCCACUGCCGGCGCUUCUAUUGACAAGGCCAUCCAGCUCCUCCUGUGUGAUCUGCUCCUGGUGACACGCACCAGCCUGUGGCAGCAGCAGGUGGGCGCUGCCCAGCCCUCCAGCUGUGGCUACCAGGCCUCUGCCCUGGAACUCAGAGGCUUCCAGCAGGACCUCAGCAGUCUUCGGCGUUUGGCGCAGUCCUUCCGGCCUGCCAUGAGAAGGGUCUUCUUGCAUGAAGCUACAGCCCGGCUGAUGGCUGGAGCCAGCCCCACUCGGACUCACCAACUCCUGGACCGAAGCCUGAGGAGAAGGGCAGCCCCGAGCAACAAAGGAUCAGGUGAGCUGGAGACUCGGCCCACUCAGAGAGAACAUGCAGAGGCCCUGCUGCUUGCCUGCUGCUAUCUGCCCCCAACCUUCCUGUCAGCACCGGGCCAACGAGUGGGAAUGCUGGCUGAGGCGGCCCGAACCCUGGAGAAGCUAGGAGACAAGAGGAUGCUGCAUGACUGCCAGCAGAUGAUUAUCAGGCUGGGCAGCGGCACCACCGUUACCUCUGGGUAGCUGGGCCUCUCAGCCUCUCCAGAACCCCAGCCAGAUGACUCUGUCCCAGACCACCCAGACCCCCCCUGAAACUUUCAACCAUCCAGGACCACCCUGGGAGACCUCUCUGCUUGCUUGGGUCCUAGUCAGGGACUAGGACUUAGAACCUUGUUGUCAUGGCAAUGUCACCAAGGCCCCUGGUAACUUGGGUUCCAGAGAAAUAGCAGGACAUGGAAGAUGGUGGGCAAGGUGACCUCUUUCCCUUCUCUUCCUCAGUCACAGACCUGGAAGCCUCUCCCCAUCCACCAGCCUGAUACCAAGAGGAGCCAGCAUGACACCAGACUCUUUAUCAUUCAAAACUGCCUUUCCCCACCCCUAACCUUGAGAAGCCAUGGAGUAUAAUGGGAGAAAAAACCAGAUUUAGAGUCAGGAUCAAGGUUCAAAUCCCAACCCUGACCCUCUGAGCCCCAAUUUUCUUGGGGUUGGACUAGAUAACCUUUCCAAUUCUAUGAUCCUAUCAAAGAAAACAGGUCCUGGACACACCCCGAUGGGGUUCCUUGAGGGGGGAAUAGUGUGUGAAUUCUGUUUGGGUGAUUUACUCCCCCCUCGAUGGAAAAGGCUGUAGCAAUAUCCUUCCCUUCCCCCCUCCCUCCCAUCUAAUCACUGGGUAAUUUGAUGCCUGUGAUUUAUUGUGUUUAAUGGGCCAAGGCUAAUGAGAACUUUGCCUUUUCUUUGGUAAUCAACCCUCAGAUAGCGAGUAAGGCGGGGGUGCAGGUGAAAGGCUGGGGAAAGAGAGGAGGUGGUGGUGGUGGUGGUUUUCCCAAAGGACUUACUGGCCUGCCCUCCAUCCCAUCAUGGGAAGCAGCAAGAUUGUUGGAUGAGAUGCUGCUGACCUCUGGUGGUCCCUUGGGAGAUUGCAAGGGCUAUGUAGGUACCCCCUCAGGCAAGGCCCAUAUUCAGUGGAGCGAGAACUGGUCUCAAAGCCAGGAAGACUUAGGUUCAAGUGCUACCUUUGAUAGAUCCUGGCUCAGUGCUCUAGGCAAUUCUCCAUGGCCUCUGGAAGUUUCCUAUGUCGAUAAAAUCACAGGCGCCACUCCAAAUGGCUGCUUAAAAUCUCCAUGGAACCAAAUACUGUAUCGUGUCCCACACCCCCUUCCCCUUUCUGAAUUGACUUUUUGGGGGAGGGGAAAUCAGUUGUCCUGGAGCAGAUGUCCUUGACCACCAGGAGCAGAGGGAGGCUUGAAGAAAAGGCCCUUCAUGUAGGAGAAGAGCUCCUGCUGUCCAUAGGUCUGUUUGCCCUCUCCAGUGUUCUCUGGGUGUCCUCUCACAUGCCAAAAUAAUGAUAGGGCUGGUGGCCCUCUCAGCCUCCGACUCUCUUUCUUCCAUGCCCCCCCCACUCCAUUCUCCCCAAGAGGAGCUUACCCCUGUACACCCUUACAACCAGGGGUUGGGGUUGCCCUCCAGAUUUCUCUGGUCUUUUUAGGAGGGGAGGUGGGUCCCUGCUCUCAGGCCACUUUGGGCUCUAGUCAGCAGCCCCCCGAGGGUCACACUACUGGAAGAAGAGGAGGGAGCAGGUUCAGGGCUGUGUGGCUGACCCUGUACAUAUGUAUAUAUUGUCACUGCAUCUCCUCGCCACUGCACUAGCCUCCCUAAAGUCUUGGGAGACACCUGUACUACUUUUUUCCUUUGCAAACUUUUAUUUUCAUAGUGUGAGAAGAGUUUUGUACAGAAAAUUAAAAGGAGAAAUUAUUUAUAA